AUGGCGCACGACCUAGAGCAUUCGGGCGCCGACAGCCAUGUUCAUCACCACACCCACAACCACCACCACGAACAUGAACAUGAAUAUGAACAUGAAUAUGAACAUGAAUAUGAACAUGAACAUGACUCUCAACCCUCCUCAAGAUCCUCACCAGACCGACCACCCCCAGAACGCCGCAGCUCAACAAUAAUAAACUACCUCACCUCCUUCCUAGGCUCCAAAAACCCACUAUCCCAACCCGCAACACCAUCCAAAAACACAGUCUGGCUCCUCGACAACACAGCCUACCAAGUAAAAACGUACAACAAACACAACGAACUCACCUCCCGCACCUGGGAAGCCGAAGUAGUAGCCUGCAUAUUCGAAAAAGGGCACCGAAAAGACGCCAGCAAGCUCAUCGCCUCGAUAGCCGACCACAUCGGCCUAGACGGCGACAUAGGCGGCACGCACGAAGCAGCCGUGCGCCGCCGAAUCGAAGCGCGCGUCCAGCCCUUCCUCGACCAAGUCUCGCCCUCGCGAACAGUAACGCUCCACGUCCCCAUCAGCCGCCGAGGCCAGCUCCACGAACUAAGCUCGUCCGACCGCAACGGGAUCAUCAGCCAGCGGGUCUGCAUCGGGGAUGUCGGGGGCGCGGACCACAUCGACGACGGAACGGUCAUCGAGCCGCGGCUGCACAGGUUCGAGGUCGAGGGCCGCGGCCGGACAGUCCAGGUCAGCAUGGAGACGAGGUUUGCGCGCGCGCAUGGCUGGCUUGUUAUCAGCGAUAUUGACGAUACGAUUAAGCGCACGAUGACGCUGGAGCCGACGGGCAUUAUUCGCUCGACGUUUGUCGACGAGGCGGAGGUUAUUGCUGGUAUGCCGGAGUUCUAUCGCUGGGUGGAGGGCGUGUUGGGAGAGCCGGCUUGGUUCUAUUUGUCUGCGUCGCCUUAUAACUUAUAUCCGUUCCUGCGGGGAUUCCUGCGUGAGUAUUAUCGUCCCGGGACGUUGAUUUUGAGGGAUUAUUCUUGGAUGGAUGUUUCUGGGUUGAUUCGGUCUUUUACGGAGAAGACGCAGGGGUAUAAGGUUGAUCGCAUGGAGAAGAUUCGGGGUUGGUUUCCGCGCAGGCGUGUGCUUUGUAUUGGUGAUUCGACGCAGAAGGAUCCGGAGGCUUAUGCAGAGAUGUAUGGGAGGUAUCCGGGGUGGAUUCGGGCGAUUGCUAUUCGGAUGGUUACUGAUGUGGCACAUAUGGGGGAGAAGAAUGAUCCUGAGAGGUUUGAGAAGGCUUUUGAGAAUGUGCCUGAUCAUGUUUGGACUGUCUUUGAGGAUCCGCGCGAGUUGUAUGAGUUUGUGGAUGGGCUGGAGGUGGAGGAUCAGGACUUUUAA